AUGUGCACCGGCCUAGCUUACAAAAUGAUGUGCGGCCACUACCUCGUGCACUGGUCCUCCCGGUGCCCGAGGAAAUGCGUCCUCCCGGACCGGCGGAACUCGCUCGCCUGCACCUGCGCCCAGUGCGACCCGGAGUUCAACAGGUCGCAGAUCCUGCUGCGGUACAGCGCCGAGCGCGACAGGCUGACGGCGCGGCUCCGGGCCGCGACGCUCGAGGGCCGGCUGCAGGACGCCAGGGCCCUGGAGCGGCGCCUGCGCGACAGGCAGUCCAGGCAGAUGCAGGACCUCGGCCGGACCAGGGUCCGGGGCUUGGACCCGUCCGUGCCGGUGCGCUUCCCGGGCAUGUACGAGCAGUUCGUCCAGGAGAACCUUGGCAGGCCGGUUGAUUGGGACCGGUUGUUGAACGGCUGA